AUGCUGGCGUGUCCACCCAUGCUGGUAUUUAUGUUGUUAAAGUUGAUAUUGGCUGGCUGGUCAUCCUGGGCGUGGCGGCGGCUGUCUUUGGACCCCUCCUCGCCGCGCUCGUCCUCGCUCUGUCGCCCUGACGCGCUGCCCCUCGCGGCCCGGCCGGCUCAACUACGGUUAAUGGAAAUGUGUCGGCUGGGCUGCCAACCAGCCGGUCCAACAGCGGCAUGCUUUCACUGGAAAGAGUUCAGGAGCACGCGGUGCUAUUUGGCGUGGUAGCGAUGGUAGUUCCGCAUGGAUUGGUGGAAAGAGCUACUUGAAAGGUAGUAAGGUAAAAUCACGUCAAAAUAGAUGAUCGAAAUCGCUUGAAGUCGAAUCUGUUUGCUUGCGAAUUUGUCAGUCGCCCAGAUUGUCGCAAUCAAUGUGCACACUUCACGACUCGUUUUCAGAAGAAGCUAAGAGUCUGAACUGAAGAGAUCCGAGUUGCACGGGUCUUGUCAAGGUUGUAUGCAAUAUGGUUUGAUGAAAUAUGGUUUGUUCUUUUAGUUGCUCUUGAUCGUCGUGGC